AUGGCAGAGAACAUUCCUUUGACUACUCAGGCAGGAUCACCAGCGCGGGACCCUUACAAUGUCAUUUUUGAGACUUCAGAUCCACCACCCCAGCCACGAUUCCUGGGGGCAGCCCUAAGGGACUAUAGGCCCGUCAGUGGACACAGUGUCUACACCACUUCCAGUUCACCGAAUAGGAACAGCGGAGUUAUCGAUGACUCAUACGAGGCUGAUGUUACUGCUCCGUUCAUGCCCGGGGAAGAUUCGACCAACGCUGAGAUGGCACCCACUGCCUCUCAAUCCGGGAAUACUCUUUUAACGGAUAUCUCGUCCAAGGAGUACGACCCCAAUGGUCUAGCUAAUUCAACAAACACCGAUGAAGCCUUUCCCAAGAAACGCCGGAACCGGGCUAUCGGUUGCAUUGCCAUCGCCAUCGCCAUAACCAUCUUGCUUGCAAUCAUUAUCGGCAGCGUUUUAGGUAGCCGAUCGCACAAAAGAAAUCUAGCGGAGGGCAUGCAAAGUUCUGCUGCAACUGGUGCCAAAUCUGGCGGAUCAACGGGCAAAAAUAGUAAACUAUGGGGAGUAGGCGGUGAUACUAUUAAAACUGAGGAUGGACAUAGCUUCCUUUACAACAAUACACUCGGUGGUACUUGGGUUUCUAUUCCUUUUAACGAUACAGCAAAACCGCAAGGGGACCAGCCUACUCUGGAACAAAAGUGGGACUAUUCUGCCAAUCGAAUUCUCGGCGUCAACCUCGGUGGUUGGCUAGUCUUGGAGCCUUUUAUCGUCCCAUCUCUAUUUGAACCUUACGCGAAUUCGGCGACACCAGUUGUCGAUGAAUGGACUCUCUGCCAAGCACUUGGUACGAAGGCCGCAUCGACCAUUGAAAACCAUUACAAGACCUUUAUCACCGAGCAAGACUUUGCGGAUAUAGCUUCGGCUGGUUUGAAUUGGGUCAGAUUGCCAGUAGGUUGGUGGAUGAUUGAGACGUGGGGAAAUGAACCUUUCGUCGCAGGAGUCUCGUUCAAGUACUUUCUCAAGGCCAUCACGUGGGCUCGGAAGUAUGGUCUCCGAAUCAACCUCGAUUUACACGCCGUCCCAGGAUCUCAGAAUGGGUGGAAUCAUUCCGGAAAACUGGGUACUAUCGGCUUCUUACGUGGCGCCAUGGGGGUUGCUAAUGCCCAAAGAGCGUUCAAUUAUGUCCGCACUCUCACACAGUUUAUUAGCCAGUCCCAAUAUCAGCACGUCGUUCCGAUGUUUUCAGUCUUGAAUGAAGCGCAAACUGGUAUCAUUGGUACCAAUGCGAUGAGAACUUGGUACUAUCAAGUGUAUCAGAUGUUGCGCACGAUUGGAGGUACUGGUGAAGGUCAUGGUCCAUUUAUGGUCGUUCACGAUGGUUUCUCAGGUGGUCCUGGAUGGAAUGGAUUCUUACAAGGCGCCGAUCGUCUCGGCCUUGACACACAUUCUUACUUCUGUUUUGGGGCUCAAAACACUGAUAGCGUGCCUGUCAGCUCCGCAAAACCUUGCCAACAAUGGGCGAGUCUGGCAAAUGCAACAAUGGCUGGAUUUGGAUUGAGCAUCACUGGAGAGUUCUCUCUGGCGAUCAAUGAUUGUGGCCUAUAUGUCAACAAUGUUGGUUCCGGAACCCGGUAUGAGGGAACUUAUCCGACUGCCGCUAAUCCAGAUGGCCAAUAUAAGCGUAUAGGGAGUUGCGACCAAUGGCUCGAUGACCGCCUAUGGACUCCCGAGAUGAAAAAUGCUUUUGCUGACCUGGCGCAGACACAACAAGAUGUGAUGAGGAAUUCGUUCUUUUGGACUUGGAAGAUCGGCAAUUCGACCACUCAAGACAAUGUGCCUAAUCCGAUGUGGAAUUACCAAGGCGGUUUGCAAAAGGGAUACAUUAGAUCUGAUGCACGUGUCAGUAACGGUCGCUGCACAGCUGUUGUAUCGGGCCUAGGUGGCACAUAUGCCCCAAAGAUCAUUGCAGGCGACUUGGAUUCAUGGCAAGUAGGUGGGGCAGGUGCGGGGCAAAUCCUAGCGAGUGAGGUUCAGAAAUACGGCCAAUUCCCUCCAGACGCGAUCUCGGGUGGUCCGGGAGGGGCGAAUUACCCCACAGCGGCAUUGCCAAGAUAUGUCGCUGCCGGUACUCCUGUCACCCUCGUCCCGGCACCCAUCGCCACUGGCGCCAAUCACAUCUCUGCUGGAACAGGCUGGGCUGAUCCUCAAGACACCGCGAAAUGGUGGAUCGCCCAACCUGGUUGCCAAUACCUCGAUCCCUGGGGAGGUGUCGCCGCACCUGUACCAACACCCAUCUGCGGGAUAUAG